GGCGGUGAGAAGAGCCACCAAGACAUCUGAAGACAUCUUAACAAGCAACCCACUUCUACUCUCUGAAGAUGAAGACGUUCAGUGUUGCAGUUGCAGUGGCCGUCGUGCUCGCUUGUAUUUACAUUCAGCAGAGCUCUGCCACAUUUACUGAGAUACAACAGCUGGAGGAGGCAAUGAGCAACAACAAUCCAGUUGCUGAACAUCAAGAGACAUCAGUGGACUCAUGGAUGGUGCCAUAUAACAGACAGAAACGUGCCUUUAAGUGUCGCUUUUGCUGUGGCUGCUGCAGGCCUGGUGUCUGUGGACUGUGCUGCAAAUUCUGAGGAGGAUUCCUGCUCCAACAACCAUUAAACAUUCAUUCAAGCAGUUUUAUCCUUUGAAUGGUUCUGAUGGUUGUAAAAUUGUGCCGAUGUUCCUGAAUUUGGUCAU